GAUAAAUUAUUGUGGAGGAGCUUGUGAAAUCGAGGCAACUGAAUAGAUACCAAAAUGGCGGGUGAAAAUGGAGGAAAACAAUUAGAUACAAGAUCUGAAUUAGCGGAGCUUCUGAAGCACAAAGAAGAAUUAGCGGAAAACCUUGCCAACCUUGAGAGACAAAUUUAUGCAUUUGAAGGCAGUUAUUUGGAAGACACACAGCUUUAUGGCAAUAUCAUUAGAGGAUGGGACAGGCUUCUCACUAGCAGAACUGGACCCAACCAAAAAGUGGAGAAAAGAAACAGAAAAUUUAAAGAGUCUGAAAGGCUUUUCUCAAAGUCUUCCAUCACAUCGUAUGCAGCUGUGGCAAGUAUGGGUUUAGGCGAACCCCAACCUGACAAACGAGAACCUGCCCUAUCUGAAACAAGCAGCAUAGCACCACAACCAACACAGUCUGGAAAAAUAAGAUCUGGCCACAAAAGAAAAAAAGGUUCACGUCACAGAAUCGAGUUGAAAUUAAAGAAAUCUGUUGGUAAGAAUAAAGACGUUGAAAUGGAUGACAAAGAUGAUGGAUACGUUGAUUGAAAUGAAAUACCGGUUUAAAGAUGGCAUGAAACUGACCAAAAUAAGGACCCUCUUCAGUGUCACUCCAAUGAAAGUAGAAAUACAACUGCAUAAGGGAAUUUUCACCUCAUGAAAUAGGCAAGAUAAGAUUGAAUGAAUUCCUAGUGCUCUUCUAUGUUCGUGUAAGGUCUUAUUUUACAGCAAUACUAUUUCAGUUUACACCGCCGUUUUUUAAAAAGAUGUCAGAUAUUUCUUAGAAUCUGUGUGCUUCUAUUGACGGAAUCACUUUAUGUAUAACUAUUUGACACAAGUAGCUAUUUUUGUUCCUCUAAAGAGAAAAAAUCUUAUUUAGAGAGAACUGCUAUUCAGACUUUACAUACUUAAUUGUACAAUAAAUUAGUUGAUUUUCUUUUUAAGUUUCUUAUCAAGCAAUAUCAAGCAUGUUGUGAAAACUAGUCCUCAUAUCUUUAGAUCUUCCAGCAGAGCCUCGUAUGUUUAGAGCUUUAACUUUAGAUCUUGCGAUCUGUAAACGUUGCAAUAUAAGUAUUUCCGCAUCUAUCAAA